AUGAUUUACAUGUAAAACGACAUGAUAACGCAUAAAAUAUGUUAACAGUUGAACCAGGUCACAAUUAAAUGAACGCUUAAAGUAUAAACUAUCAUCUCACUUACAAGUUUAAAGAUAAAAGUACAGCUAGAGAAGAUUCGCUUCAAUAUUAAAAUCUGAAAUGUUGUUUGUGAGCAGAUGGAUAUUUUCGCUGUUUAUAGUUUUCCCAGGUACAACAUUAUCUGCUAUAAUAGAAGUUUCAGAGGAUCUGUCAGUGACCAUCACAUGCCCAUUAAAUGUAACAUACCCAACCUGGACUGGGCCUGACGGAUUGGCUAACCCAAUAAAUAAUGGUCAGACAAUCAAUGAACCAGGCAUUUCAUGGGUAAAUAGCAAAGAUCUGAAGAUAGAUAAGACCAUGUUAAAGCACGAUGGUAACUAUACAUGCUCGGACGACAGUGGUGACAAUAACACUGUGGAAGUUGAUGUUCAGUAUUUUCACUCUUCGACACAUUUUACAACAGCCACUGUUGACAACUCAACAACCACUUUAACAUGCGCUUGUUACGCUAAUCCUUCAUGUAAAAUUGUGCCGCACAUUAUAACUACUUUUAAAGAUGGACAAAAAAACCACGACGCGGUUACCACAUUUAGUGAGUGCAAAGCUGAUCCGCUUCGAAAAAACCAAAGGAAAUGUAGUAGAGUUGUUUCAGUGAUGCAUGUUUACAAGGAGGACAAUGGCAAAAAGAUGAGCUGUACAUUUCAAUAUAAGAACGUGACAGAUUAUCUAUCAUGUAUCAAGCAAAGUUUAGUAAGUAUAUAA